UGCUUUGCCGAGAACAGUACCGCAGUGUUCCGGGACCGAGAUUUAUCGGCGUACCCUCGCGCUCGGGGCCCGGUAAAGAUAAAGGAGCGCAUCACGCGAGGGCAGCGGGGGGGGGGCCGCCGACAUAGGGGGAGCAAAGCCGGGUGUAUAUAAACGCAGGUCGGCGCACAUUCCCGAUCCCACGCUCCCGCUUGUGCUAUAUCGCCCACCUCACCCGUUGCCCGGAUCGCAGCCAUGGCGUUCGACGGAACUUGGAAGGUGGAACGCAGUGAGAACUACGACGCCUUCAUGGAACAAAUGGGCAUCAACGUGAUGAAGCGCAAACUCGCCGAGCAUGACAACCUCAAGAUUUGCAUCCAGCAGACUGGAAACGACUUCCACAUCAAGGAGUCCAGCACCUUCCGCACCAAAGACAUCCACUUCACUCUUGGUACACCCUUUGACUACAGUCUGGCCGAUGGCACCGAGGUCUCGGGUACGUGGGAGAUGGAGGGCGAGAUGCUGAAAGGCAAAUUCACACGCAAGGACAACAACAAGGUGCUGACCACCACCAGGAUCCUGCUGGGAGGAGAACUAGUGCAGAGUUACAACUAUGAAGGUGUGGAUGCCAAGAGGAUCUUCAAGAAGCAGUAAUUUAGAUUUUUUUUACCUACUGUAGGUUUCUUUUUCUGUAUUUUUACACAUAGGAAACAUAAUUGGAACUCAAAGCAAUAUUGUUAACAUUUUCCAUCAAAUCCAUGUAAAUGGUUAAUUUUUUGCAAAUAAUUUAAAUAAAGUUUAUAUACAUUUAAAAAAAAAA